GAAUGUAGGGGCGGCCGCCUCCUUCUCCACCACCCCCCCCACCACCCCACCCCACACCUUCCCCACAGCCUGAUAUCCAGCCUGGCCCCGCCGCCCAGGCCCAACGAACCACAGCCUUGCACCCGCCGGAGAUUGCAGCACAAGGACACCGAUGCAUCGAGUGGAGCUGGAGGGCUGGGCCUGGGAGGCCCCCCCCAGAAUUAAAGAAGAGGAGACUGAGAACGAGGCAUCAGCCCAGGAGCCACGUGAAGCUGCCAUUUUUGCCCAGGAGGAGGAGGAGCCCAGACCUGGCGUUCUGCCCCCAGGGAUCCCCGUGGAGGAGGGGCUGCGAUUACCGGUGGACCUCGGGCAGCAGGAGGACUUGGUGCCGGAGGUGAAGCCCCUGGUGUGUACCGUGUGCCACCGGGCCUUUGGCAGUGCGCAGGAACUGGAGGGUCACGUGCGAGAGAGCCACGAGCCCUCGAGCCCUCCGCGGGACGGCCCUGCUCCCUCCUUCCAGUGCCCGCUGUGCCAGCGCACUUUCCUGACUGCCACAGAGCUGAGGGCGCACCGCCGCUCGCACACCAAGGACCGGCUCUUCCAGUGCUCCGUCUGCAAGGAGGCUUUCAGCCAGGCGGGCGACUUCUUCAAGCACCAGUGCCUGCUCGGCCAGGACAAACCCUGCCAGUGCAGCGUCUGCCACAAGACUUUCCAGCGCCUCUCCUCCUUCCUGGUGCACCAGUGCUCUCGCCCCCUCCAGAAACCCUUCAAGUGUGACAUCUGCGGCAAGGGCUUUGCCCAGUCCUCGAAGCUGUCCGAUCACCAGCGGACGCACACCGGAGAGAGGCCUUUCAGAUGUGAAGUUUGUGGGAAGAGGUUUGCUCUGUCGAGUAAGCUGAUCGUUCACCAGUGCAUCCACACCGGCGAUAAGCCCUUCAAGUGCGAGACCUGCGGCCGAUCCUACAACCGGCUGGACAACCUGCGGAGGCACCAGCGCACCCACCUGAUCGAGCGGCCGUUCAAGUGCCCCGUCUGCGGCAAGGGUUUCACCGACUCCUCCUGCCUGCUAGCCCACCAGCGCGUCCACUCGACCGAGAAGCCCUUCAAGUGCAGCGUCUGCGGCCGUGGCUUCACCCGCUCGGCCAAACUGGCCCUGCACCAGUGCCUGCACACCGGCGAGCGGCCUUACCGCUGCGGAGAGUGCGGCAAGAGCUACAACCGCUCGGAGAACCUCAAGAGGCACCAGCGAAGCCACACCAGAGCCCGCAAGGCCCUGCAGUGUCUCCUCUGCCAAAAAUCCUUCAACCUCUUCUCCACCUUCCUGGCACACCAGGCCAGCCACACCGGCGAGAAGCCCUUCAAGUGCCCCGUGUGCCAAAAGGGCUUCGGCAUGUCCUCCUCGCUGCUGGCCCACCAGUCUAUCCACACCGGUGACAAGCCAUACCGCUGCCAGACCUGCGGCAGCAGCUACAACCGGCUGGACAAUCUCCGGAGGCACCAGCGCAGUCACCAGGGGGCCGCGGCUGAGCUGCGAUGGGGGGCCAGGGGCCGGAGGAAGGCCAAGCGGCCGCUGCCCACCAGGCUCCAGCCCGGGCACCAAGUGGGCGGGUGGGUGGCCCCGGCCAAGCUGGAGGCCGACUCGCCCGCCCUUCAGACGGACCCGGUCGUUCACGUCGAGACGCGGUUCCGUUGCGACGUCUGCGGAGAGACGUUUGCGGAGCCGUCUGCCCUCCAGACGCACCGACUGACUCACACCGAGACCCCCUAUCGGUGUGACGUCUGCGGAGAGACGUUCGCGGAGCCGUCUGCCCUCCAGACGCACCGACCGACUCACACCGAGACCCCUGAUCGAUGUGACGUCUGCGGAGAGACGUUCGCGGAGCCGUCUGCCCUCCAGACGCACCGACUAACUCACACCGAGACCCCCUAUCGAUGCGACGUCUGUGGAGAGACGUUCACGGAGCCGUCUGGCCUCCAGACGCACCGACUAACUCACACCGAGGCCCCCUAUCGAUGCGACGUCUGUGGAGAGACGUUCACGGAGCCGUCUGGCCUCCAGACGCACCGACUAACUCACACCGAGACCCCCUAUCGAUGCGACGUCUGUGGAGAGACGUUCACGGAGCCGUCUGUCCUCCAGACGCACCUACUAACUCACACCGAGACCCCCUACCGAUGUGAGGUCUGCGGGGAACUCUUUCCCGACCCGUCUGAGCUUCAGACACACCAGCUGGCUCACGCCGAGGCCGCCUAUCGAUGUGAGGUCUGUGGGAUGACCUUUGCCGAUCUGUCUGCUGUCCAGACGCACCGGCUGAUUCACACCAAGAGGCAGGUCCACCGGUGCAACAUCUGCGGCAAGUCCUUCAAGCAGUCGUCCGACCUGCUGGUUCAUGGCUACGUGCACACAGGCGAGAGGCCCUUCGGCUGCACCGUGUGUGGCCGCAGCUUCACCAAAGCCACCUCGCUCCGCGCACACCAGGCCAUCCACACUGGCCAGAAGUCUUACCGUUGCCACGUCUGCCCCAAGAGCUACAACCGGCUGGACAACCUGCGCCGGCACCAGCGGGUGCACCUGGGGGACCGGCCGUUCCGCUGCACCGUCUGCGGCGACAGCUUCAUCUCCUCGGCUCUGCUGCGCGCCCACCGGGCGGGCCACAGCUACAAGUGCCACGGCUGCGGCGAGACCUUUGCCCGCCCAACCUCCCUGGCCGAGCAUCGGUGCCCAGGAGGAGGGGUGCUGCCGCCCCCCGGCGGGGAGGAGCCCACCGUCGUCACUGCCACGCCACCCUCCUCGCCGCCCGACCAGGUCAUCCAUGUGGCCACACGCUUCGAGUGCGAGGUGUGCGGCCAGGCAUUCGGAGACGCCUGUGCUCUCCAGGCACACCGGCCCUUCCACCUGGAGCGAUCCUGCGAGUGCCUGGAGUGCGGAGAGAUCUUCAACAGCAGGGCUGCCCUUCAGGAUCACAGAACCAUCCACACUGAGCCCUCCUACCAAUGUUCUGUGUGUGGGGAGAUCUUCAAUGAUUCAUCUUCACUCGAAGCCCAUCAACCCAUCCACACUGAGCCCUCCUACCAAUGUUCUGUGUGUGGGGAGAUCUUCAAUGAUUCAUCUUCACUCGAAGCUCAUCAACCCAUCCACACUGAGCCCUCCUACCAAUGUUCUGUGUGUGGGGAGAUCUUCAAUGAUUCAUCUUCACUCGAAGCCCAUCAACCCAUCCACACUGAGCCCUCCUACCAAUGUUCUGUGUGUGGGGAGAUCUUCAAUGAUUCAUCUUCACUUGAAGCUCAUCAACCCAUCCACACUGAGCCCUCCUACCAAUGUUCUGUGUGUGGAGAGAUCUUCAAUGAUUCCCCCUCCCUUGAAGCUCACCAGGUGACCCAUGCAGAGCGUAGCCUCAAAUGCAGUGGCUGCGGCCAAAGCUUUGAGAGCCCCUUGGCGCUCUCCGCCCACCACUGCAGGAACGUGGGCGCCAAGCCCUUCCGGUGCCUGCUUUGUGGCAAAGGCUUCAGCCAGGCCAUCUCGCUGAGGAAACACCGGUGCCCUAGCCCCGGGGAUCAGCGAGCCUUCCGCUGGUCGGUGAGCGGCGAGCGGCUGAACCAGCCCCUGCCACCCCCGAUCCCGCGGGGGUCCCGCCUCUCCACCCGGCCCAGGGACCGCUGCUUCAAGUGUGACGUCUGUCCAAAGAGCUACAACCGGCUGGACAACCUGCGCCGGCAUCAGCGGGUGCACCUGGGGGACCGGCCGUUCCGCUGCACCGUCUGCGGCGACAGCUUCAUCUCCUCGGCCUCUCUGAGAGCCCACCGGGCGGGACAUGGCGCCCGGGGGGGAUACAAGUGUGAGGCCUGCGGUGAGACCUUUGCCAACGCGGCCUCCCUGACGGAGCAUCGGUGCAGCCAGCCCUUCAAAUGGUCGGUGGAGGAACCCGCGAUGGCCAGCGCCUCAUCCCCUUCCUCUUCCUCCCCCCCGACCACCCCUCUCGGGGGCCGGGAAGCCCCUGGCAGCGGCCUCCCCCUGGUCGCCCCUUUGCCGUCCGACCGGCUGUUCGAGUGCAGUGUGUGCGGCGAGAGCCUCACCGACGCUUUCUCGCUGCAGACCCACCAGCUCCUUCACAACUGGGAGAAGCCCUUCCGCUGUGACCUCUGUGACCAGAGCUUCGAGGACUCUUCCUCGCUGACCGAACACCAGCUCAGCCACGGAGCGGAGACUCAAUCCCCGGCCCGGUACAAGUGUGACCAGUGCGAGGAGACCUUCGACACCCCAUCCUCGCUGGGGGAGCACCAGCUCCUUCACAACUGGGAGAAGCCCUUCCGCUGUGACCUCUGUGACCAGAGCUUCGAGGACUCUUCCUCGCUGACCGAACACCAGCUCAGCCACGGAGCGGAGACUCAAUCCCCGGCCCGGUACAAGUGUGACCAGUGCGAGGAGACCUUUGACACCCCAUCCUCGCUGCGGACCCACCAGCUCCUUCACAACUGGGAGAAGCCCUUCCGCUGUGACCUCUGUGACCAGAGCUUCGAGGACUCUUCCUCGCUGACCGAACACCAGCUCAGCCACGGAGCGGAGACUCAAUCCCCGGCCCGGUACAAGUGUGACCAGUGCGAGGAGACCUUCGAGGCUUUGUCAUCGCUCCACGCGCACCAGCUCAGCCACGGGGGCGCAGAGACCCAAUCCCCGGCCCGCUACAAGUGUGGGCGGUGCGAGGCCAGCUUCGAGGCUCUGUCAUCUCUCCACGCGCACCAGCUCCUCCACAUCUGGCAGCCGCCCUUCAAACACGAGCAGGCCUUCGAGGAGCUGGCCCUGGGCGAGCAGGAGGCCCCAGAGCUCCUGCCCGACCCGGGGCCCCUGCAGGCCCAUGGGCACCGGGCCCAUGGGCCGGAGCCUCUGGCCCUUUCUCCCUCCCCGGCCCCCUCCCCUCGCGAGAAGCCCUACCGAUGCUCGGCCUGCCAGAAGACCUUCGCCCUCCACUCGGCUCUGAAAGCUCACCAGACCAUCCACACCGGGAACAAGCCCUUUCGCUGUGAUGUCUGUGCCCGCAGCUACAAUCGGCUGGACAAUCUCCGGCGUCACCAGUACUCCCACGUGAAAGCUGCUCGCUGAUGGAACACGCGGCGUCGAUUUAGUCUGGACUCAGUGGGACCCCGGUAAAGGGCCGGGAGCCCAUGCGUAACCGUCUCUCCGAACCCCGGAAGGGAACAGGAAGAGCUGGCAGUGAAUUGGCCCGCCACCUGCUCUCCGCUAAAAGACUAUGAGCCUCAUCUCUGGAAUGCACAUUGGGACCAGCCCUCUCCGGUACAAAGACAAUGGGAGAACUGUGGGGAUGGGGAGCAAAACAAGGGUGGGGGGGGAGAUUUGAGUCUGAAUCAUGAUGUUCCUGUUUGGGGAAAAACCCCAGACAGGAAGAGAGAGGGAGCUUUACUCUGCAUCUAACCCCGUGCUGUACCUGUCCUGGGAGUGUUUGAUGGGGACGGUGUAGAGGGUGAUUUACUCUGUAUCUAACCCCGUGCUGUACCUGUCC